CAGUCAUUUAUAAUUUUCCGUGGUUACUAGUUGGCAUUCUAUUUUAAGAAAAGCCUUUCUUCUUUCAUUUAUUUAUAUUACUAUAGAUUGCUGAGUUUUAUUUUAAUCAAUGGGUUAUAAUCCAUUAUGAUGAUUCAUAUUGAUGGUAAAAUUAUCCCAGCUUUAGCCACUACAAGACCCUUCAAGUUGGCAGCUGUGGACCUUUGACUAGUUCCUAUCAUUUUUUGAGCACUUCCGCAUCUCUGGCACAACAGGUUCAUCUUGUACUUUACGGCGCCAGCCCUGGUAUCAGCCUUUUCUCCAGAGGUGGUGUCAAAAAGCCGUGGUUCCUUUUAUUGGAGCAUGGGAUUUAGAAACAAGACGUGGGUGCUAGAUGUACUACUGGUCUUUCAUUGUUUGAGCCAGAAGAAUUUAAUAUCUUCUUUUGCCAUAUAUCAGCUAGAACUUACAAACCACUCCAAGUCUGGCUCCAGAAAACAGAAUUUUUAUUUCCUUUCUCAGUACUCUGAGUCAGAAUGACCCACUUGCUUUGUCCAGAGACUCGUCACACUGAAACUAUUUUCCAUUUGAGACCCUCCAGGAGGAAAGCCAUCCUCACACGCAUGCAGUACAAACCAGUGUCCUCCAGGGUCCGCUGCGCUACGGCCACCGCAGCGACAGAGCCUUCCUCAAACCUGGAGUGACUGCCACACUUUGCAAGGACACCGUAGAGGGGGCACGUCCGCGCUCCAACUUCCUCCCGACGCAGCCUCUGAUUGGCUCCUGGGCUUAUAAGAAACGCGUGAAAGAGCAGCUGCCGCGGGCAGAAACUUGCCGGAGGUCUCCGGGUGGCAUCGCCCUUUCCUCUUUGCCAACCCGCUGGCGAGCCGAGCCGGGGGAAGAUGAGGUCGUCCUGUGUCCUGCUCACCGCCCUGGUGGCGCUGGCCGCCUAUUACGUGUACAUCCCGCUGCCCGGCUCUGUGUCCGACCCCUGGAAGCUGAUGCUGCUGGACGCCACUUUCCGGGGUGCACAGCAAGUGAGUAACCUGAUCCACUACCUGGGACUGAGCCAUCACCUGCUGGCACUGAAUUUUAUCAUUGUUUCUUUUGGCAAAAAAAGUGCAUGGUCUUCUGCCCAAGUGAAGGUGACCGACACAGACUUUGAUGGUGUAGAAGUCAGAGUGUUUGAAGGCCCUCCGAAGCCUGAAGAACCGCUGAAACGCAGCGUUGUUUAUAUCCAUGGAGGAGGCUGGGCCUUGGCAAGUGCAAAAAUCAGGUAUUAUGAUGAGCUGUGUACAGCAAUGGCUGAGGAAUUGAAUGCUGUCAUUGUCUCCAUUGAAUACAGGCUAGUUCCAAAGGUUUAUUUUCCUGAGCAAAUUCAUGAUGUUGUACGGGCCACAAAGUAUUUCCUGAAGCCAGAAGUCUUACAGAAGUAUAUGGUUGAUCCAGGCAGAAUUUGCAUUUCUGGUGACAGUGCUGGUGGAAAUCUGGCUGCUGCCCUUGGACAACAGUUUACUCAAGAUGCCAGCCUAAAAAGUAAGCUCAAACUGCAAGCUUUAAUUUAUCCGGUUCUUCAAGCUUUAGAUUUUAACACACCAUCUUAUCAGCAAAAUGUGAAUACCCCAAUCCUGCCCCGCUAUGUCAUGGUGAAGUAUUGGGUGGACUACUUCAAAGGCAACUAUGACUUUGUACAGGCAAUGAUCAUUAACAAUCACACUUCACUUGAUGUGGAAGAGGCUGCUGCCCUCAGGGCCCGUCUAAACUGGACAUCCCUCUUGCCUGCAUCUUUCACAAAGAACUACAAGCCUGUUGUACAGACCACAGGCAAUGCCAGGAUUGUCCAGGAGCUUCCUCAGUUGCUGGAUGCCCGCUCUGCCCCACUCAUUGCAGACCAGGCAGUGCUGCAGCUCCUCCCAAAGACCUACAUUCUGACGUGUGAGCAUGAUGUCCUCAGAGACGAUGGGAUCAUGUAUGCCAAGCGUUUGGAGAGUGCCGGUGUGGAGGUGACCCUGGAUCACUUUGAGGAUGGCUUUCACGGAUGUAUGAUUUUCACUAGCUGGCCCACCAAUUUCUCAGUGGGAAUCCGGACUAGGAAUAGUUACAUCAAGUGGCUGGAUCAAAACCUGUAAAGGAGCAAAACUUCCAGAAGCCUCGAGACCCUCUUGACCUCCUACACCUGCUUUGGAAAGACAUGCACUUUUUAGCUGACUAAUUCUUCCUCUCAUCCCCCUCUACAUGUGAGUUUUGGAAUCUCUAUUCCAUAACUGAAGUCUUUAUGAUAACCUAAUUUUUAAAAAUGAAUUUGACUAACUUAAGUGCAAAACAUCCGCAUUUGGUUCCCAGAGUGGGCCAAACUCUCUGUUCUUGUUAUUUUAGCCAACUAUACUCGUACUUACAGCUACAGAAAGCAGGACUAGGAACUGGAAAUAACUUUGGGUCCUGCCUUCAUCAGGACGUUCUUUUUAGAAACAGUUCUUCCAGCUCUGGAUGACAGAGUGACCUUUAAUAAGAUAAGAAAACGAAGACUCCUCAGUUCUGCUAGAGUUAACCUUGAGUUCAGAGCAGUGUUAAAUGCGUGCGCUUUCAGGUCAGUGCUGGGGACCAAGUACCCUCUGUUUUUUCGUGAAUGGAUGGUUUUGUUUCCUAUGGGAAUUUUGGCAAAGGUUUUCUAGAAAGAACAAGUUUCGUAAAGGACUUCCUUCCUCUAGAAUACUAUUCAUUUUAUGAGAUCACUAUCUGUAAGUCCAGUUGGAUUACAGGGAUACUUGAAAGUUACUUUCUACCACUAUUAUUAGAAAAUAUGAAGUCGCAUGCACUGGAUAUCUGUAUAUCAUUAGGUUUUUGUUGUUUUUUGGUUAUGCUGUCCCCCUUCUCCCUGGGGAGAUCUUUGGGAGCAAAUUUAUUUAGAUUUAGAGUAAACUUUUCAUUAUAGAGCAAUUAAAAACAGACACAUGAAACAACCUAGUGUUUCACAUAAAAAUACUUCUGACAUAAAGUAUCAAGAGCAGUGUGAAUAUAUUUGGCAUAGUCGAAAAAGAAAAUACAUUUAAUAUUAGUUCAGAAUUGUGAAAAAUACCUUUAGAGGUCUAGUCUAUUCUUGAAAACUCAAUUUUUUCAUUUAUAUGGCGUUAAAAUGGAGCUAUUUUGCUACAAUAUAAUGUAUUGUUUAUUUUUUUAAGUUAUUUAAUGUUAAUAUACAUAGCUAGACUUAAGGUUUUUCAGAAAGAUGUCUGUAAUAAAUAUCGAAAACAAUGGUAUUUUUUAAAAAAUUGCCUUAGGGUUUUAAAACCUUCCCUACAGUUACAACCACAUGUAAUUUUGUGGAAAUGAUAUAAUAGCUAUUAAUACUACUAUAACAUAGGCAUACAUAUUUUCAUGUUUAUAUGCAUAUACAAGUUAAGAUAAUUAGAAACUAUGACUGCACCUAGUAAAGUCAUCUAAGUUUAUAGUUCAGUAGCUUAGGCAGGACACACUGCUCAUCUCUGCUUUUUAGGGUCGGGAACACAAGCUCAUGUUCUGAGUGAAGGGUGUACACUGGUACCUGGUGGUGCCUAGAUCCCCCAUUUCUGGCUGGAAGUUUCAACAGCCCAAGCUUAACUUCAUGUAAAGUCUUCACUGCCAGUGGGAACAUCUUUGACACAAGACACUCCAAUUCUGAUUUGAGUUGAGGAUCUCUGUCUGCCUUCCUGCCAUCCUUCCUUCUUCCCCAAUCCAUGCUACUGUUAGGGGCUGCAGAGAGCAGCAGUAGAGCUGAGUAAUGAUACAGUGCACCACAGAGAGAAAGUAGAACCAUUUCACUCCUGGGAAGAAUGAGUAUUUCCCACUUCCAGCAAUCAAAUAACAAAUGAAAAUUUGCAUACUUAUUCAUGUAUUGUAUAAGCCAGUAGCAUUUUAUGUACAAAACAGAAGUCAGUGCAACAGUAUGUAUGUGUGCCUGUGUGUGUAUAAAAAUAACCAUUGAAGCUAACUUGCUAAUGUACUUAGGCAAGCCACUUAUCAUCUCUGGGCCUCGUCUUUCCUCCCUCUAAAAUCAAAGAGCUGAAUUAUGUGAUCCUUGAGGUCUCUUCCACCUAUAAUACCAACUGUCUUGUCAGACUGGCAAAUUAUAUUGGCCUCUUCUUAUGUGGUGGUUUUUUGGUAGGUCAUAGUUCCUUAUACACGGACACCUGCAUCAUCGAAGGGCUUUUUUUUUUCCUAAAAAAAAUGGGAUUUUAGUUCUUAUUCUAUGGUAACUACCCUCCUCAUAUAUUGGAAGGAACCAAUAUUUGGACCUUAUUUUGAGGUUAUCUGCCUCAAAGAAAAAGAAAAUAAAAUGUAUACGCAGGGUUCCUUAAAUUGACAUUUUUUCCCCAGAAUUGUGAGCCAAAGCCUGUAGUAAUUGCAGACAACAAAUGAUUCCCAAUCUCUAAAAGGCUCUCUCAGAUGAAAAGGGAGUAAAGGCAAAAAGAGGUCAACCACUGUUUCUGAUAAAGCACUUGAGUUUCAUUGUUCUCUUAGUGUUUAUUCUUCUAAAAAAUGUUUACACUCUGCAGAUUGAUUUUUUUUUUUUAGUACUGUGGGUUUGUUUUCCUAUUUUAUGAAAAAAUGAUAAUCUUUUUGUAAAAUUGUCUGUGAAAUGUGAACGUUAAUAUAUAAAGAAAAACCUUGAAGUGCUGUAUAGUGAAGUAUAAAUUAAUGGUUUAUUGAUUUGUGAAGAACCUAAGACUAUUCAUAUAAUUAUCUUGGUGUAUCUAUUUUAUGCAUGACCUUUUAACCUUUCACUUUGCUUAUUUCCCACUAUGAAGGGGAAGGUAGAUUUUAUGAACGAUUUUAAUAGCAAAUAUAUUUUAUAAAAUGAAAAUCCAGUGUGGAGGUAGCAAAGCAUAUAUCUGUUCUGAAUCAUGUUUGGAAAUAAAAUCGCUCCAUCUGGGAAUGUGC